AUGGAAGGCGGCAUUCAUCGCUUCCGAGUCCAGCGGAAUUUGUCCAAGCUGGAGACACAGUAUCGGCAUAGGCCCGCCAAUACCAAUAGGCGUCGACCCACCCUGCCGGCCUGUCGCCGCUGUCGUCAGCACAAAAAGCGAUGCACUCGCACUUCUGAAGGAUCAUGCGAGCAGUGUCUUGUUGCAGGACUACCAUGCUCUCUUAUGGAGCGUUCUUCGAGUCCACGGACGUGUGAGCGAGAAUUGCGAUCGCGAAUAGACUGGCUGAGCCAGCUUGUCAACGAAACGCUUCCCGAUGGGACUUCGAUCGAAUCUAUCGAGACUGGACGAAACAUGGAUUUGGAUAGAUCCAUGCGCUCUCCAUCAAAUGACACCGGCGAUCAAAUUGAGCGCAGUGAAAAUAGCCUGAGAGAUAUUCAUAUUCCCAAGGGUGAUGAUGAGACACGGGUCUCGAUUGCAGCGAGUCGCAACUGCUUGAAGGCCUAUUUCCGCCACGUCCACCGGACGUACCCAUUUUUGGAUAACGAAUUCAUUCUCCAAGAGUUCGAAGCACUCUGCGAUAAAGAUGCAACGGAUGACCUUCUUCCCCGAUCCGCUUUACCCAACCGCUUGUAUAUGAUCAUGGCCAUCGGCUACACUAGUCUUCAGCGGGCGGGAGAAGUGCAAAACAUCGAAGAAGGCCAAUUCCAACCAUGCCUCAAAACAGUGUUAUGUGAGUGUGUCAGUCAGGUAAAUGAGGAAUCAGCAGGCACAUUGCUAUUGCUUGGCCUUUAUCUCUUGUUCAAGCCUGGUGACCAGGAUCCCCGCGCUAUCGCCGGCGUUCUCACCAACCAUGCUCUCGCAGUUGGGCUGAUGAACGAGGCUUCUAAUAAUCAGAAUCUUUCACCUCGGGUACUUGAGCUGCGUCGGCGACUAGGCUGGUCAGUGUAUGUAUUCACGCGCAUGAUCAGCAUAUCCUACGGGCUCCCAUUUGCAUUUCCCGACAGUGUAAUGAAAAUUCCGCUGCCGAGCAUCAUGAUACACGAAUACGGCUCCGAGGAUGGACAUCAAUACGCAAUAGCCUUGCAAGUGAGCCGACAUGUUAUUUCUCUCCGGCAGCUCGAAACACGCCUUGUCAAUGCUAUCCAUGACCCCACUCCCUCGAUUCCUCCCCAGGAGCUCCGGCUUCAGAUUGAAGACUGGUAUACGCAAGGUUGUCUGCUAUCCAGCUCAACUCUAUGGGAGCAGGACCAGCUCCCCUUCCAUACUACCAUCACAUGGUUGAACGUACGUUAUCAAAACUUGCUUCUAUUGCUGUAUACGCCCGCACGCGGAGAUACUGCGGAAGAAAAUCUUCCAAAUCUCCAGGCAGCUGCGCAGCGGUAUAUACAACUCAGUCUGGUCUUGCAAGAACGCCGUCAUUUACCCAUGAAUUGGAUCACUUUGUGUCGACUCCUUUCCUUGGCUGCAAUUUUUCUCUACUGUACUGCUCGAUGGGCACCAGGAAUCGAUGAUAUUCCCGAGAUUUCUCUCCUCGCAGCCCUGCUUGAGUUCUUCCCGUCUUCUUGGAGUGCCGCCCACGAGGCUUCCCUGAUUUUACGUCGCCUUGCAGAUAUCAUGACGACAUCGAAGAGUCCCCUGAUUCCACGCAGUCAACUUUCCGAGACCUCAGUUAUCCCGCCCUCGGCUUUAGGUCCGGAAUACGGGCUACAGUCUGUGCAGGACGACUUGGCGGUGUUACUCAGUCGAACAAUGGGCGAAGCAAGCUUCUAUAUCUGGCCACUGAGGUCCAAGGUUACGGAAAGACGAGUUUCCCGAUCAUUUUCUAUCGUGCCGGAUAUCGGGAACUUCACACCUCGUUUUGUGGCUCCGCACAGCGAGAAUUUGCCACCGGUAGAUGGUAGUUUGGGCGAAAGCCCGCUGGAAACACAAUGGAUGAGUCUGUGGGGUGGUGUAGGAUCCGACAUGCUUUGA